CUCCACCCCUGAUGACCGUAUGCGAGUAGAAAGGAUCAACAGUCAACAGUUGGAGUAUAACACAGCUUUCCAAACUGUCUCUAAAUUCUACAUGUAUGGAAACAACACUGGAAUCAAUCGCUUACAAGAAGUCCUAAGUCUGCCUCGUACAGUCAUUUCCUGUCUGGCCGGAACAAUAUCAUAUCUGUCGGAUUUCAACCUGGAAAAGAUUCUUACAUUAACCAGCAAUUUUACACAGUUUUCUGUGAAGUCAAAGUUUAUGCAACUACCUGGUAACACUGUACGGAAUCUGGAAAUCUUCCAGAACCAGACAAAUAGCCGUGAACGAGGGUCACUGUUCUGGGUUAUGAACCAAACAGUGUCCAGGUUUGGAAGUCGAAUGCUACGAACCUGGCUGAGUAGACCCCUGCUAUCUGUAUGGGAUAUCAAAGAGAGGCAGACUGCAGUGCAGGAUCUAAUAGAUGGACCAUGUGCUGAAUCUUUGUCCAAACUACGGGCUCUCCUCGGGAAAAGUCCAGAUCUGGAAAAAGGACUUGCUUCAAUCUAUCACAGAAAA